AACAUGAAAUUCAUCGUUCUUUUUGCCGCUCUCUUCGCUGUCGCUUUGGCCGCUCCCCGCCCCGAUGCUGAAGUCCUCAAGAACGAGUCCGAUGUUGGUCCUGAAUCCUACAACUUCGCUUACGCUACCAGUGAUGGCAUCACCGCCCAAGAAGAUGGACACUUGCAAAAUAUUGGCUCCGAAAAUGAGGCCAUCUCUGUCAAAGGUCAAUACUCCUACAUCGGUGAUGACGGUCAAACCUACACAGUCACCUACACUGCCGAUGAAAAUGGUUUCCAACCCCAAGGUGCCCAUUUGCCCGUUGCCCCUGAAGCUUAA